UUUUUUUUUUUUAUUUCAUCCUUUUCGUUCUCUACCUCCACUUUUAUCCUCUUCAUUGUCUAAUUUACAUCUAUCAUGCCGGCUUAUCACUCUCAAUUCAAUGAUGGUGAUUAUCAGUCCAUCGCCAAUAUGUAUCUUUUACCUAUCAAAACCAAGUUUAGAGGCAAUGCACCUAUGGCCGAUCCUUCUACAGACGAUAUUAUUGAUGAAGCCAUUACUUUAUUCCGUGCCAACUGUUUAUUUAGAAACUUUGAAAUCAAGGGAAAUGCUGACCGAGUAUUAAUCUAUCUGAUUCUAUUCAUCUCGGAAUGUUUACAAAACCUCACCAAAACCACUCCUCAAGGUAACGCGUUAAAGAACCUCAGCACAUUGGCCGUCUCCAACUUUUCUAUUCCCGGUGAUCCUUCUUUCCCUUUGAAUGCCAUGUAUCAAACGCCUAGUGAUCGUUUCCAAGCUGAUCAAAUGAAACAAUAUAUUCAACAAUUACGUCAAGAAUUGGUGCUUCGGUUGGUGGAGGCUGUGUAUCUGGAUGGACUUCCAAGCAAGUGGUGGAUGUGUUUCCAAAAACGCAAAUUUAUGAACUUAUCUCUUUGAAUCAAUAAAACUCAUUUAUUAUUUUGUAUCAUAAAAUAUCUUCUUUUUUGUUAUUAUCAUUAGUAUUAUUAUUCGUCUUCUAGUUUAUUCAAUAAAUUCUUGGAUGCUCCUUACAGCAUUUGUUUAUCGUCACUUGU